AUGAAUAAUUUAAACCCUGAUCAAAAGUCAACAAUAAAUACACUGAUAUGCAAUUACAAAUGUGUGUUUGCGAAGGAUAAGUAUGACAUUGGAAUGGUCAAAGGUUAUGAAGCGAGAAUUGACUUGUUAAUAGAUAAAUACUGUAGUAAAAGACCAUAUAAAUGCACCAUAGAUGAUAAAAAAGAAAUAGAGCAACAAAUAGCAAAAUUAUUAGACAAUAAACUUAUAGAAGAAUCCUACAGCCCCUUUGCUGCACCUGUUACAUUAGCUUUCAAAAAAUCAGAAAAUAAGAAAUCUAGAUUGUGUGUUGAUUUCAGAGAGUUGAACAAAAUAGUUGUUCCACAGGCUCAGCCAUUCCCUUUAAUAGAAGAUUUAAUGAUGAGAACCAGAAAUUGUAAGUUUUUUUCGACAUUGGAUAUAAAUUCUGCAUUCUGGUCUAUUCCUUUAAGAAUCGAAGACAGAAAAAAAACAGGAUUUAUAACACAAGAAGGACAUUAUCAAUGGACUUGUUUACCAUUUGGACUAAAAACAUCUCCUGCAAUAUUUCAAAGAAUACUGAGCAAUAUAUUAAGGAAGUAUAAAUUAACUGACUUCACAGUUAAUUUCAUCGACGACAUUCUGAUUUUUUCUAAAUCAUUUGAGGAACAUAUAAUUCAUUUGAAAAAGCUGCUGGAAGCAAUAAAAUCUGAAGGCUUUAGAUUAAAAUUUACUAAAUGCACAUUCGCCUUAGAUUGUGUGAAGUAUCUUGGUCAUAUUAUUGGAAACAACUCUAUUCAACCAUUAAAAGAUAACUUGAUUUCGAUCCAAUAUUUUCCAGUGCCAAGAACACAGAAAAAUGUAAGACAUUUUUUGGGAAAAAUCAACUUCUAUAAUGAAUAUAUACCUAAAGGUGCAAUAAUACUUGAACCAUUGCAUAAUCUGUUAAGAAAAAACCAAAAAUUUAUAUGGGAUCAUAAUUGUCAACGAGCUUUUGAUACAAUAAAAAGUCUAUUAUGCUCACAACCAAUUCUUGAGAUAUUUGAUUCCAAUUUACCAAUAAACAUUUAUACUGAUGCUUCAAUUGAAGGAGUAGGAGCUAUUUUAAAACAGAUACAAUUAAAUGGAAAGGAGAAGCCAGUAGCAUAUUUCUCUAAAAAACUUAAUACGGCUCAGAAGAAAAAAAAGGCAAUUUAUCUGGAAUGCUUAGCUAUUAAAGAAGCAGUGAGAUACUGGCAAUACUGGUUAAUCGGAAAGUCGUUUACGGUCUACACAGAUCAUAAACCAUUGGAAAACAUGAAUUUGAAAUCAAGAACGGACGAGGAAUUGGGAGAUUUAGUUUAUUAUUUGUCUCAAUAUGAUUUUAAGAUUAUAUACUCUCCUGGAAAGAAUAACUUAGAAGCAGAUUGUUUAAGUAGAAACCCAGUCUUGGGUAUAGAAGAAAAUAGAGAUGAACAAUUGAAAGUUGUAAAUUUUAUUGAGUGUGAUGAUAUAAUAAAAGAUCAAGAUAGUAAUGAAGAAUUACAAAAUAAUAAGAAUCGGUUGGUGGAAAAACAUAAUAUAUUCUUAAAGAAGAUGGGCGUGCGCAAAGUAAUUAAAAAGAUUAAUUAUCCGCUAGAUAGUUGCAAGACAGUUAGGGGAGUCAUCAAUCCAGACACCCCGGCCAUAUAUCUCAACUUGUUAAACCACCUGGAGGCAACUUCUUGCGUGUUUGGAUUCUAA